GUUUUCGAAGAUCGCUCAUCACAUUACACAACAGAUGCCGCUGCUCCUAAAUUUGCUGCUCCUAAAUUUGCUGCAGUUAAUCGCGCAGUAUUUCUGGCUUGCCUAACGCUGAACACUGUCAUCUGUUAGGGUUUCAGAUAUUGCUUCUCCAAAAAAAUCCGUCUUCAUCCAAGUUCAGCUUCAGUUUCCCCUCCUCUAGAUCAUAUUUUGACAGCUAGGUUUACAGUCGUCUCCAUCUAAUGGAUCAGCAAGGUCACAGCACGCCGCCGGCGAUCGGUGCCCCCGCCUCUGUUCCCUACCCUGCCGCGCCAGCAGCAAGCCGCCUAUCAGCAUCUCUAUCAGCAGCAGCAGCAACAACAGCACAACUUCAACUCUUCUGGGCCGAUCAGUACCGCGAGAUCGAGCAAACCGUUGAUUUCAAGAACCACAAUCUUCCUUUAGCCCGCAUCAAGAAGAUCAUGAAGGCUGACGAGGACGUGAGGAUGAUCGCCGCCGAGGCGCCGGUGGUCUUCGCGCGUGCCUGUGAGAUGUUCAUCCUCGAGCUCACACACAGGGGAUGGGCUCACGCCGAGGAGAACAAGCGCCGCACUCUCCAAAAGAAUGAUAUCGCCGCUGCAAUCACUCGAACCGACGUUUUUGACUUCCUUGUGGAUAUAGUACCGAGAGAGGAGGGGAGGGAUGAAGCAGUUCCUAGGGCGAUCCCAGGUGGGCCGGUUGAUCCGAUGUACUACUAUGUGCAGCAAUAAUUGAGGUGGCAAAGUGAGUGCCCUGUUGCCUUCUAUCACUUGGGGUCUUACUUUAGGUUGUUGUUACCUAUGGAGAAUUAUCGUGGUCUCUAGUCUGCGUAGUUAAACUGCGUUGCUUACGGAAACUUGGUUUAUAUUUGAGUGUUUUAAUGGAUGUGGAGAUGUUCUAUGUUUUCUAUUGUUAGUAGUAUGUGCUUUCAGAUCCGUGAAUGAA